UGAUGGUGAAUUUUUUUUUCUUGAUUUUUCAACUGUGCUUUUCGAAACCUUCUUCAGUUUUUCAGUUUAGUCUUUUCCCUUGCAUAACUAUUGCAGUUCCUCUUCGGACCACUCGUAUAGAAUUUGGGAAACAUGCCUCUACCAAGCGGAGAAUCGAAACAUCUUACGAUUGGUUCUCCGGAGCCGCAGCUGGACGCAUCCACGUUGACGGUGUACAGUAUGCGAUUCUGCCCCUAUUCCAGACGGGUCUUGCUGGUUCUGCAUAAGAAAAAAAUCCCGCACAAGAUCGUCAACAUCAACCUGAAGGCGAAACCCGAGUGGUACUUGGAGCAUGUCAACCCGCUGGGAAGGGUGCCCACCCUGUAUGCACCGGGUCGGAAUGAUCCGCUCUUUGAGUCGCUGAUCGGGGCGGAGUAUUUGGAUGGACAAUAUCCGGGCGACGGCGCACUGCUGCCGCGGGAUGCAUACGAAGCAGCCCAGCAGAGGAUCCUCAUUGAAGUGAUUACGCAGAAGGUGAUAAACCAUUUGAACGUUUUGGGAGUGACGGGAGAUACCAGCAGAAUGGGCGAACUGUCGAGCGGCUUAUCCGAUGUGGAGAAACUGCUGACGAGUGAUUAUUUCGCAGGAAGCAGAUUAGGAUUUGUGGACUUGAUGAUAUGGCCGUUCUUCGAGCGUCUACCGUUUAUCAGUGAUAUGCGACAAGCGGGCGUGAAUCUGGAGAAGGAUCAUCCCAAGUUGUUCGCCUGGACGCAGCGGAUGCUGUCCGACGUGACAAUUCAAGAAGCAUCUUUUCCACCAGAUAUUAUGACUAGAUUUACUAAGAGCGCCUACAUUGACCAAAAACCUGAUUAUGACAUUGGCUUGCAGUAGCCUGUACACCACUAAUUGGAUAGUGAACUCGUUAGAUGUGUAUUGUGUGAUAAAAUUGAUUUGCAAUUUUACAUGCUUUUUCGUUUCUUAAAGUUUAUAAAACGAGUUAGAAUAAAAUUUAUUGUCGGUUUUGGACGUUUUCUAAAGAAUUUCGUUUUGUAUACGGUAACUGUACAAUACACAGUGUACUGUGCAGUGCCAAAUUUUAGGUACAAGUGGACUUUUGUAUUACGUAUUAAUUUGUACCGGUGACUGUGUGCAAAGUUGCAAACUGCAG